UAAACUCAGGGCAACGCAUUAAGCAAACACUGCGUCAAAAGAUACUGUAAGUGGAAGAUGUGCCUAUCCCGUGUCUUUACAUGUGCGCGUCGCCAUGGGACUGCGAGGAUCUAAACAACCUGAAGCCCAGGUUCUCCUCCUGGGCCUGGACAACGCUGGGAAAUCGACUCUCCUCUACAAACUGAAACACAACGCAUGCGUCAGCACCGUGCCUACCAUCGGCUUCAACGUGGAAAUGUUUGAGGCGAGAAAAAACAUGAAGAACAUCGCCUUAACAGUGUGGGAUGUCGGUGGCCAGGGAAAGAUGCGUGAGCACUGGCCGAGUUUCUACCAGGACGCGGCAGCUGUGGCGUUUGUUGUGGACAGCUCGAGCAGGGUGCGCCUGGAGGAAGCGCGGCGGGAGCUGGAGAACAUCCUGAGGAGUGAGCAGCUGCGGGGCCGUCCGCUGGUUCUUCUCGCCAACAAACAGGACGUGAACGGCGCACUGACUGUCACUGAAAUCAAGGACAAGUUUAACCUGAGAAAGAUUUGCUCCGAUCGGGAUUGGUUCGUGCAGCCCUGUUCCGCCUCGACAGGAUUUGGAGUUGAAGAGGCCUUCAGACGAGUGGUCCAGAUGGUCAAAUAAAACAAAAUAACUGUGUAUGAAAUAUGUUCUUUUCAAACCACUGACACAAUGAAGAAUUGAGUUUUAAAAUGUGUUGGUAGGCUAGAUCUAAAUUCCUCUAAACGAAGAAUCCAUUAAAGGGAUCCCACCGUUUGGUAAAGUCUACAGGCCCAUCUAUCUUUAAUGCAAAUGGGGGCCCACAGUGUACCAGCUGGGACUACAGAAUCCUUCAAGCUACUUAACGUUAGACUAAUUGAAGCUAUUAGGCUACGUUUGUGACACUAUUAUACCACAGGAAACACAAGAUACCAUGACGUCUGUUACUGUGCAUUACAACCACAAACACACCCGUUAAUGUAGAAACGAUUUUAGCCAUGUGCUGCAUCUUCUUUCAAUUAUUAAACAAAUCAAUUGUCUCACU